AUGGCAAGUCGUGCCAUCUUAAGGGAGAAGGCGGGGGUUUUGAUUUGCUUCCUUUUGAUUCCAAUCAUUGGGAUCAGCCGCGGAUCUCAGAGCCACAACCACCGCCUUGUCUGUUGGAAAGCCAUCCUCAAGUGUCACGGAGAGCCGGAGUGCCAUUACGCGUACGAUCAGUACAUGUACGCUUGCGCGUCUGUCAUCGGCGGGGAGAGUGAGAAGUGUCCCAGUCACUGCAUAUCCUCUCUGAUACAGCUCAAUCUGACCCGGAGCGGCCCGGCUCUGGAGGACUGCGACUGCGCCCGGGACCACGUCUGCAGGACCACCAAACAAAGCAUCGAACCGUGCCUGCCCAGGACCAGCACCAUGGGCUGCACCGAGGCCCGGCUGCAGUGCGAGAUGGACCCGGCCUGCAGCUCUGCCAUGAGGGAUUAUUUGUUCCACUGCCGGAAACUUUUCGGAGGACAGAGGUGUUCGGAUAACUGCCGCAGGAUGAUCGCCAACAUGCACUCCAUACCCAAGGCGCAGCAGCUGGACACAUGCGUCUGCGAUGGCACGGAGAGAAACAUAUGCGAGUACAUCAAACUAAGUAUGAAAACUUUAUGCUCCGAUUCCGGUGACAGGUUCGCGGGAAGCGGAUAUUCAGACUCUGAAGUUGACACAGAAGACGAUUAUAUCGAGGAUUACUCUUUGGUGGAAAACUCAAGCGGCCCUCCAGCUUGCCGGACACUGUUUAACAUCCUGACCACCAUUUUGAUUUUUAAUAUAUUAAUCUAG